AUGGCAGAGAUUCCAACAGCGCCCCAGUCUGCGAAAUCCAAAUAUGCAAGCCGGUACAGAGGGGCAACGGUAGAAGAUCUCGACCCUCCUUCGGCCCUCUCCUGCAACCCCACAGAUCCUAUCUCCUACGCCCUACUCUCCGCCUUUGAACGCGACUACACUCAUCUCACCGUCGUAGACGCCACAAACCGCGCCCUCCUUGGCUACCUUUCCAUCCCGCACCUUCAGAUCCUGCUCAAGGCCGGGAAAGUCCAAGAAUCAGACCAGGUCUCGCAGGCGAUGAUCAAGUUCCGGAGAAAGGGCAAGGUGUACAAGGUCAUCACCAUGGACACGCCGCUGGAGGAGCUAGAGCUGUUCUUCAAUGGCGGGGAGGCUGGGGAGGCUGGGAAGCAGGAGUUUGCAGUUGUGACGGAUGAGAAGAGGAGGUUUGUGCUGGGUGUUGCGACGAGGACGGAUCUGGAGGAAUUUGCGAGGAGGAGACCGGCCUGA